UCGGGGCGAGCGGGAGCGCGGACCGAGUCCCGCUGGGUGCAGCCGCCGUGUUCCCGGGCUCGCGUCCUCGUCCGGAUACCCGGGCCGUGCCGCGAGCCUGGAGCCCCCGUGCUCUGAUUGGAAGAGGUGACACGUCUGUGUGCGUGUGACACGUACACUACGCUGAGCUGUGCUCCACGCAUGGCAUCCUCUGCUGAGUCUUACCACAUCCAGCCUCUCUGUGGAACUUCUAAACAUCUUUAUUAGUGGAAACACUUUUAAUACUGUGAAGUGAUCAAUUUAAACACACGGUUCAGCGGUUUGUGAGUCAGCCACAUGGUUCACAAAGCUUGAGGCCUAGAGAAUACAGGGACCUGUGUGAUGACAAUAUGACCAAUAGCAAAGCAAGAUCUACUACUAACAAAACAAGCGAUGCUCCGAGUAGUGGGGGAGGUUUUGUAGAUUGGACUUUACAUUUAAGCGCAAUUCAAUCUGAUAAAUUUUUAAACUUACUAUUGAGUAUGGUUCCAGUGAUCUACCAGAAAAACCAGGACGACAGACACAAAAAGGCAAAUGGCAUUUGGCAAGAUGGGUUGUCAGGUGCGACACAGACUUUCAGCGACAGAUCGGAGCAGCACCUGGCGUACCACAGCUUCUCCGAGUCCGCUUUUCACAGCAGCAACGGGCACACGCCGUCGAGCUGCAGCCCCAAGUAUGAUGACUACGCCAACUACAAUUACUGUGAUGCCCGGGAGGCCUCAGAAACCACUGCCAUGUUGCAAGAUGAAGAUCUGUCUAGUGAAGCUGACGAGGAUGUGAUUGUGGAAACGAACCCCAAAUUACCGAAGGAGUCCAGUGGCAUCAUGGCUUUGCAAAUACUGGUGCCAUUUUUACUAGCUGGUUUUGGAACGGUUUCAGCUGGCAUGGUUUUGGAUAUAGUACAGCACUGGGAAGUGUUCAAAAACGUAACAGAAGUUUUCAUCUUAGUUCCUGCACUUCUUGGCCUCAAAGGCAAUUUGGAAAUGACGCUGGCAUCCAGGUUAUCCACCGCAGUGAACGUUGGCAAGAUGGACUCCCCCAUUGAGAAAUGGAACCUCAUCAUCGGCAACUUGGCUUUAAAGCAGGUUCAGGCUACAGUAGUUGGUUUUCUAGCAGCUGUGGCAGCAAUUAUAUUGGGCUGGAUUCCAGAAGGAAAGUAUUACCUCGAUCAUUCCAUACUUCUGUGCUCCAGCAGCGUGGCGACCGCCUUCAUUGCAUCUCUUCUGCAGGGAAUAAUAAUGGUUGGUGUUAUUGUCGGUUCAAAGAAGACUGGCAUAAACCCUGAUAACGUGGCUACGCCCAUCGCUGCCAGCUUUGGCGACCUUAUAACUCUCGCCAUAUUAGCUUGGAUAAGUCAGGGUUUGUACUCCUGUCUAGAGACCUAUUACUACAUUUCUCCAUUAGUUGGUGUCUUUUUCUUGGCUCUGACUCCUAUCUGGAUUAUAAUAGCAGCCAAGCAUCCAGCUACCAGGACAGUUCUGUACUCAGGCUGGGAACCUGUCAUAACAGCUAUGGUCAUAAGCAGCAUUGGGGGUCUUAUUCUGGACACAACUGUCUCUGACCCAAACCUGGUUGGGAUUGUGGUUUACACGCCGGUUAUCAAUGGCAUCGGUGGUAAUCUGGUGGCCAUUCAGGCGAGCAGGAUUUCUACCUACCUCCACUUACACAGCACCCCAGGAGAGCUGCCUGAGGAACCCAGAGGUUGUUACUACCCGUGCAGGACUUUCUUUGGUCCAGGGGUAAAUAAUAAAUCUGCCCAAGUUCUACUGCUUUUAGUGAUUCCUGGGCAUCUGAUUUUCCUUUACACUAUUCACCUGAUGAAAAGCGGCCACACUUCACUAACAGUGAUCUUCGUCGUCGUGUUCUUGUUUGCUGCUGUGCUACAGGUGUUUACCUUGCUGUGGAUCGCGGACUGGAUGGUCCACCACUUCUGGAGGAAGGGAAAGGACCCGGACAGCUUCUCCAUCCCCUACCUGACUGCACUGGGGGACCUGCUGGGCACGGCGUUGUUGGCCUUGAGCUUCCAUUUCCUGUGGCUGAUUGGAGAUCGAGAUGGAGAUGUCGGAGACUAGGAAACCCUGCAGGUCGCUCUCCAUUACCAAGGGGAGCGCACAAGAUAACACCCCUGGCUCUUCUCCGAAACACUGCAGAGUGAAAAGUCUGACCUCUGCCAGGGUGGUCCUGCGUGGGCCCUGAUUCCAUUAAAUGGCCUUAACAUUUUUUAAGGGAUUUGUGCUGAAACCAGAAUGAACAGUAUUUGUGCUGCUUUUUAUAGAAUAAUUUGUCAUGGACAUGGCUACAAACUCAAGUAGGAAAGAAAGACUAUAGAUUGUUUACAAUGAAUAAUUUUGAAACCACAAACAUGACAGAAAUGUACUUUAUUAUUAUUUAGGGUACAGUGCUAGGGGAGAGGAAACAGAGCUCGAGGUUGGCCUCUUUUGUCUUACGGAUAUAUUAGGUGGCAAAGCAUACUCUAAAGUGAAAGGUGCCCAGCCAA